AUGGUGUUGGGAGUGGGUGUUCUCUUCUGCAUGCAGCAGUUUUCUCAGAGAUCUGAGAAGGCUACCCCAAUGUUGACGUUAAUGUGUCGGAUUAUUUUAAGGGUAUUAAAGGGCCCUGGUUCAUCUUGCACAUUCAGUUCCACAUCUGAUACCCAGGAGUCUCCAGCUUCCGAGAGAGGGCUGCUACACCGAGCCUUCAGUGUUGUCUUGUUUAACACCGAGACUCGAAUCCUGAUACAGCAGAGGUCGGACACGAAAGUCACAUUUCCUGGGUAUUUUACUGACUCCUGUAGUAGCCACCCAUUAUACAACCCAGCAGAACUGGAAGAAAAGGAUGCCAUCGGAGUGAGGCAGGCAGCCCAGAGGCGUCUGCAAGCAGAGCUGGGAAUUCCUGGGGAGCAGAUUUCUCCAGAGGACAUUGUGUUCAUGACAAUCUAUCACCACAAGGCAAAAUCAGACAGAAUUUGGGGAGAGCAUGAAAUUUGUUACCUUCUGCCUGUGAGGAAAAAUGUCACUGUGAACCCGGAUCCCAAUGAAACAAUAAGCAUCCUCUACCUGUCCCAGGAGGAGCUGCAGGAGCUCCUGGAGAGGGGGGCCAGGGGUGAAGUCAAAGUCACCCCCUGGCUAAGAACCAUUGCCAAGAGGUUUCUGUACCGGUGGUGGCCUCACCUGGAUGAUGUGACCCCGUUUGUGGAGCUUCACAAAAUACACAGAGUAUGAGAGGCAGAGAGGUCGAAUCAGCCGUGUGUAAUGCCCUCAGUGCAGGCAGACGCACCAUCGAGGCAAUGACAUACCCUCUCCAAAAAAACAGGGCAAAAGGGGCACUUGAUUGCCCAUCAUCUAUAAAUCACUAUUUUAACCUUUUCAUCAACUUUGUCAUAUCUUAAUUUUCCCUUUUCCUUAUUUCUGUGUUUCUCAUCUGCCUGGUUGCAGGGAGGAAAUUUAAUGUUUCCUUUGUCCCAAUUUCCAUUUUAUAAGCACUUGUUCGAUUAACAGCGGACUGUUGGGGAGAUCUUGAGAGUUCUGAAGCAGGCGAACUAGCCUGGCUGGACCGUGAGGCUGUCUCCCCACAGCUUUAUCCAAGCCUCCAAGGUCAGGAUGGGAUCUCUGCAUCAUCUUUUUCUUUUUAAAUCACUUAUUUCAGAGUGCAACACAAGGUUGCAUUUUUUAAAAAAAGACACAUUCAAUCUUGCACCCUAAUACAAGCAGUACAGAAGACGUGUAUGCCUCAGCCAAGUGACUCGACGUUUAUCCACUUCUGUUCAUUUGAUUAUGUUUCAGUAAU